AUGGGGAUCGGGUCCUGUGUUUUCGGGUGCUUCUCACCGGUUUGGUUGGUGGAGCUCUGGAGGGGCACUAAAGUCCCCAUUAUUCAGAUAUUUGAGCUUUUCUUCGGAAUCGGAUCCAUUCUGUCGACAAUCGCCUUAAAGCCAUACAUUACCGGAGAAAUGGACUCUGAGGUCAAGAAUCGCACCAUUUAUUCAGACAAUGAGUUAGUGAUUGAUGUGAACGAUGUGGUCGAUAGAAGAGCCCGGCUUAUGAUACCGACCCUAUUAAUUGGCGGUUGUAUUAUAACAGUGCCACUGUCGCUGUUUGUCAUGUAUUUUCUUAAGCCAUACACUGAGCCAAUGGUUAAGGAUAUGGACACCGAAAAGGAAAGUCAUUCGCAUGAGACUGAAGAGACUGUAAAGUUGUUCAAUAGGAAAGACACACCGAGAAAAACAAUGCGAUUUCUAUUUGCCUUGCUAUUUGCAAUUUAUAGUAUUUUUGAGACCACGUUCAAUAAGUUUGCGGUCAGUUAUUUCCAGUACAUACCCCUUAAACUAAACGCCGAGACAUCGGCAGAGAUAUAUACAGUCUCCAUGAGUAUAUACACCGCGGGACUGGUACUCAACAUAUUUUAUCCAUACAAGUUUCAACUCAAGACUAUAUUAGCGGCACAUUAUGUGGUGAUUGUGAUUGGGUUUGCGAUACAAAUACCGGCCCAAAACUCGCUGACCCUGUUAUGGGUGGGGACUGGUAUGAUGUAUAUGGGUUUCUCAGCCAUGUUCGCCGUCGCCCUAUUAUUCAAAUACCUGAACAGACAGAUAACGUUUGCCAUAUUUUUUACAUUCCUCACCAUCGCAUCGGCUGUCAUACCCCUAUCCCCAUACAUAUGGGUGCUAUACUUAUGCGCGUUUACCAUCGGCCUGGGAGCUGCUGUUUACGGUAGUGCCACCACAGUGUGGACAGUGGAGUUGGGAAGGGGUAGUAAGGUUCCCAUAGUGCAGGUGUUUGAGUUAUCCUUUGGCAUCGGCGCUGUUCUGUCGACAAUGGCUUUAAAGCCAUACCUAAUCGGCGAACCCUCGCAGACAAAGGGUCUGAAAGUAUAUUCAGACAAUGAGUUAGUGAUUGAUGUGAACGAUGUAACCGAAAGAAGGUCCCGGCUUAUGUACCCCACUAUGCUUAUUGGAGCAUGCAUCAUUACUAUUCCGAUCGCAUUGUUUAUCAUGUAUUUCCUUAAGCCAUACAAAGAGCCUAAAGUUAAAGGGGAGGACAACACAGAUACUGAAGUUGAGACACAAGACACUCAUUACAACAACAAUAAUAAUAAUAAUUAUGACGUGAUUUCAAAGAAGUUGUUUAACAGGAAAGAGACUCCGAGAAAGACAAUGAGAUUACUAUUUGCCUUAGAGUUUGCAUUUUAUUUAGUGUUUGAGACGACUUUCAAUAAGUUUUCGGUCACUUAUUUCCAGUACUCACCGCUCAAACUGACCGCUGAAAAGGCCACUGAGCUAUACACCGUAGCCAUGAGUGUCUAUACUGCGGGACUGGUACUUAACAUAUUAUAUCCGUACAGAUUUCAGAUAAAAAAUAUCAUUUCAUUUCAUUACGUAAUGGUUAUUAUCGGAGCUAUACUACUGAUACCGGGCCGCACAUCACUACCUAUGCUGUGGGCAGCUAUGAUAGUCAUGUAUAUGGGGUUUUCAGCCAUGUACUCCGGUAUUAUAGCCAUAACCGAGCAGCACCUGGACAUGACUAACCAAUUGAGUACAGUGUUCCUGUUAUUUCGUGGUAUUAUGACACUUAUCACACCAUUCCUUGUGGGCGACUAUAUCGAGAACUAUUCAAUCAUAUUCUUAUACAUAGAAAAGUAUUCACAUUUAAAUAAUAAUACUACAAANACACCACGAAAUAAUAGGAAUACAGUGCUGAGCCUAUUAGUCAAAUCUAGGUAUUGCUCAGCCAUGGCCAGUAUACCGGCGUACAUGGCUGAGAAACCCAUAUACAUAAUACCAGUGGCCACCCAUAACAUGGUCAGUGAGUUUUGGGCCGGUAUUAGCAGUGAUAGACCUAUUAUGAUCACCACAUAA